AUGCCGCCAAAGUCACGUGCUAAGAAGGCCAACGCCAAGGUUGCUGCUCGUAAGCAGCCGUUCAGUGCACCUGUCACGCCAAGGAGGGCUGAUGGAGCUCUAAGCAACGACAAUGCUGCUGAUACGCCGAUAACGGGCCCUGUUCAUGUGGAUCGCCCAGAGUCUUCGUCAAUAGCCGCUGCCAGGCUGUCUGCACUGAAAGGGAAGGGACACGCGGAAGAAACAGUCAACAAACAAGAGAGUCUUCGUAAGCCGGAGAUGCCUGAGUCAAUGUCGCCGGGUGCUGAGGCUGACAUGGAGUUCCCUGAAGAGGAAGAAGACGUAGACGCUGAUGGAUCUGGUUAUCUCAGUGACGACUCGGAUGAAGGAGCUGACCCUGUCAUGGCUGGUCUUGUUGCUGCGCAUAUCUGUUAUACGCUAACCUUGCUGAUCCCAGAUAAGCACAUUGAGGAGGUUCCUCGUACCAUGGAAUCGGUCAUGGCGCACCUGGUCCACUGGAAGAAGGAACUCUCUGCUGAUGCGCCUGCAACAAAGAAGUUUCAGAAACUCCAGCCGACUUACCUGUCGAAGGAGCGCUUUGUUCGUGUUCAAGUCACCUUCGUCCAUGAGAAGGAUGCUGCUUUUGUCUGGAAGCGUGCUGUUGCUCAUGACUGCCUUAACGGUACCUCCCUGAAGUUGACAUGGCAGUUUCCAGAGAAUGCGGAUUAUGUGCGCGCUCGCUCCCUCCACCCGAACGCCUUUGAAGUGGUGCUGAAGGGGGUCCCGGCAGAGCUGACUCCGGAGCGAAUCCGCAAGUUCCUGGUGAUGGUGUGGUUGGUGAAGAGGGGGAAGACACCGAUUAAGGAAGGUUAUGGUUUCCACCGCGUGCAAGAUCCGGUGUCAGGGAUGGACACAGACAAGAUUCGUGGCCUUCUCAUCCAGCACGAAAACGAUCUCUACCGCUGGCGUCACUUCAUCGUUGACCCUGCUAUGAAUGGGAAGAAGCUGCUGCUGCACUUCCCCUCGCUCAACUGUGACUACUGCAACGGCCAUCACAUGACACGCUACCACGACGACUACGUCACUGACCGUCAGGCCAACAUUAUUAAGGCAGAAGCAGCUGCAGUAGUGGACCCAGGUGGUGCAGCAGGCGGGGUUGCGGUGCUAAGAGAUCUCAACAUUGUGGCCGACCCCAUCAUGGACAAGACGUCGAGGCAAGGCUCGGAUGCGGAAAACAGGAGGCUCCUGCACAUAUGCUCUAAGUGGGACUUACGUGAUGUUUUCCGGACGCUGUACCCAUCGCGACUGGAAUACACCUUCUUAGCAAGGCCAACGUUGUCAAGCUCCCGCAUAGAUCGCGCUCUGGCAUCGACCUCCAUGCUUCCGCUGGUAGCUGAUGCUUAUCACUCGGCAUCGCCGCCGGACGUCACGGACCACUGGUUUGGCAUCACCACAGUACUGACCGCGCAGACAGGAGAGGCGCAGGGCCCGGGGCUAUGGAGGAUGCAUGCGGAUCAGACGAAACACCCAGGGGUACGGAACACCAUCCGGCAGGUGCUGUCGGAGCAAGGUGGGACCGGCAAGCCAGACCUGCACUCCACACUCGCAGGGCUGCAGGCCAGCCUCAAAGCUCACGCAAGGGAGGAAAGAAAGAGGAUUGGAAAGACAAUAGCACAUUUGGAGGAUAGGGUGGCAGCACUGCGACAAAAGUUUAUGGCGGACUCGAGUCAAGGAGGGAAAUAUGCGGAGCUGACCAAGUACGAGGCACAACUCAAGGCGUACCGCGAUAGCCAGCGGAGGCGGAAGCAAACAAUGGCAGGGAUUGGUGCGGAGAUGAACGGCGAAAUCGCGAACAAAUUCCUAACUCAGAGGAUUGCUUCGCGAAAGGCGAAAACGGCGAUCAAGGAGAUUGUACAUGACGGCAAAAAAUACGAAGGGGAGAGGGAGGUCUUGACAGCGGCAUCCGACUUCUACGCCAAACUUUUUGGAGCAAAACAGCAGGUGGCGGAGUUGGAAGAGUGGCCGAUGGACCCAAUGAAAACACUGAGCGCGGAAGCAAGGCAGGAGCAGGAGGAGAAGGAGGUUAGACGGGCGAUGCGAGAACUGCCAAGGGGGAAAGCGCCAGGGGCAGACGGCCUGCCGAAGGAACUGCUUGAAGACAACUGGGACCUGCUGGGGGAGUCGGUAAUGGAGUUCAUGAGAGGCUUUGAAAAAACAGCGGAGCUGCCAAGGAGCGCGUCAACGGCAGUGACAAUCCUGUUGCACAAAAAAGGGGAGAGGACGGAUCUGGGGAAUUACAGGCCCAUCACCCUGCUAAAUGCGACGUACAAGAUCGCGGCGAAACUGCUUGCGAACAGGAUGAAGGGGGUGCUAUCUCUGGUCAUCUCGGAGAAUCAAUUCGGCUUCGUCUCGGGCAGGCGGUUGGCGGAUGCUGUUAAAGUAGUAGCGGACACUAUUGACGCAGCAGUGACAGGAAAAGAGGACUGGUACUUACUGCUUGUAGACUUUCAAAAAGCCUACGAUUCGGUGUUGCGAGCCUUCAUGUUUCGCACCCUGGAGCGUAUGGGCUUUCCGAAGGCCUUUGUGGAAUGGACCAAGGGACUGCAUGACCACGCGGCGACGCAACUGCUGGUCAAUGGAUGGCUGGGUGAGCGGGUGGAGGUUGAGUCGGGAGUGCGGCAAGGAUGCCCACUCGCACCGUAUCUCUUCAUCUGCGCAGCAGAGCCGCUAAGUCAGGAAGCGGAACGACGGAGACUAGGAUUACGAAAGAGGGGGAAAGGUGGCUUGGCAUACCUUGGGUAUGCGGACGACACAACGCUCCUGCUCCGUGGGAAGGAGCAGCUCAAGAAGGCGCAGAGCCUCUUGGAGGACUUCAGUGACAGAUCCGGAUUGCACGUUAACCGAGGGAAAUCCACGGUGAUGCCACUGGGUAGGAACAGGAUGGGCAAGCCACCUGCAGAUGUGCACUACAACUGGGCGGAGAGGGGGACACCAGAGAGAUUACUCGGCAUCUGGAUAACAACAGAUGGGAGAGCGGAGCCUACUUGGGAAAAAGCCCUGGUCAGGGUGAACGUCAUACUUACCAAUUGGGAGAAACUUCACGUUACAACGACGGCGAGGGUGACGGUGCUGAACACCUAUGUGAUGCCAGUGGUGCUUUUCCAAGCACAGGUGUAUCAGCCGCCGAAGCAGAUAUGGAAAAAGAUACUGAAGCUGUGCCGCAACUUUAUCUCGAAGGGAUGUGCAGACGAGGAGAAACACUUCAUCCUUUGGAGUGAACUGCUCGCGCACAUGGGGAGAAAGGAGGGAGGUUUGGGGGUUAUUAGCCCAACGGAGAGGGUGAGCAGCCAAGCGCUGUGGAAUCUGGGAGCGGCGUUGUUAGAAGGGAACCCGAUGAAACAGUGGCUGCAAGGCAGAGCGGCAAAUAUGCCACUGGGCUGGGCGACAUUGCUGGCACACAAGGCAAUACUAGCGGAAUGGACGUGUGGGAGCGGGCGCUGGAAAUCACUUACACCACUCGUGUGGGACAAGCAGCUGCCGGAGCUGCCGGAACCUGCAAACCGCUGGGAGAUGGCGCGGGAGCAGCUCUGGUUCAGCCGCUGGAUACACUACCAGGGGAACAGCCCUUUUGGCAGGCAGAAAGGCUCAGAAUGCCUGAGGGGGUUGACGGUGGGGGACCUGCUUCAGGAAAGCUACGCGGGGGAGUGGAGUGUCAAAGACAUUUGGACGCUGACAAAGCAAACUGGGAGGUCGGCCACUGCGAGAUGGGCACUCAGGGCCUGGGAAGCAGUACCGGACAAUUGGAAAGCGAAACUUCUGGAGAGAAUCUAG